AUGGUGGACACACUGCUCCAGUCGAAACCAAGCGCGGAGGCUUGGGGUCCUGGUACGUUCGUGGACAACAGCAAACCCAACGUUCCCGAAGACGCACGCCGUGUCUUCGAGCUUCUUGCCAAGUCCACCCCAGGUUUCACCCAGGACGAAGAUCUUUGGAACGCGGUCAGCUUCAAUGGCAGCACUGAGCCGAUUGCUCCCGGUCCACUCAAGGCGCCUGUAAUCGCUGCAGCCUUGCACGCGAUGGCUGGUGUCGUCGCGAAGGAACUUUUGCAAUUAAGACAAGGUGGCCCCUCUGAUCACCGCGUCAGCAUCACUACCGACCAUGCAGCACUGUGGCUAGGGACAGUCGGCCUCACUAAGCGAAAUGGCGCCAGUGUGCCGCAGCUGUCGAAAAGUGGCAAACUUGGCGAAAUAUUCCCUGUCAAUCUAGAGAAGGAUAUCUUCUCGCCCGCAAUCAGAGUGCGCACUACAGCUGUUUACCCCACAAAGAAGGACGGUGUCUGGUAUCAGCUACAUGGCUCGCUCAAUGCUGAUCCGGUUUUAGAGACUAUCGGUCUUAAUGCCUCUGUCCAGUGCAGAGAUCAUGAAGACGCCUACAAGAUUAUCGGUGAGGAGGUCCGCAAGUUUGGGCCCGAAGAACUCGAGAUGCUCCACAUUCAGAAAGGACUCUGUGGCAGCAUUUGCUACACACCAGCGCAAUGGAGGCAGACGCGCAUGCAUAAGGAGCUCGCCAAGCAUCCGCUAUUGAACUACAGCCAUGAAUCAUAUAUGCCACCUACACCUGCUAUUCCCCUUCCUGCAACAAAAGGAGACGAACGGCCGCUCGCUGGAAUCAAGGUUGUGGAACUAGUCCGCAUCAUUGCCGGUCCCGUCAUUGGCAAUACUCUGGCUUCACUCGGCGCCGAUGUCAUCCGCGUGGGCAGCAGCAAACUCCCUGAUUUCAAUUCACUCCAACUGACCCUAAACGCCGGCAUUGAAACACUUGAUAUUGAUCUUAACAACAGCGAGGAUCUUGCUCACCUUCAGAAGCUCAUCGAAGAAGCAGACGUCUUCAUCCAAGGCUUCCGGCCAGGCGCAUUCGAGAAGAAAGGUCUAGGCUUACAUCGCGUUCUCGAUAUGGCGAGUAAGAGAGGGAAGGGCAUCGUCUACGUCGAAGAGAAUUGCUACGGACCAGAUGGUACAUUCCACGAUCGACCAGGCUGGCAACAAAUUGCCGAUGCUGCCUCAGGCUGCAACUAUGUCACCGGGAAAUACCUGGGACAUGAUGACGGCACGUGUGUACUUCCGGCGCUACCGGUCCCAGACAUGCUUACGGGCCUUAUUGGAGCCAUCGGCACCAUGAUGGCGCUCAGAGAUCGUGCUCGCCAGGGAGGGUCGUACCACGUCUUCGCGGCACUGAUGGCUGCAGCUGAAUUGCCACUAGCCCGCGAAAUCGGCUUAUACCCUCCCGAAGUCACACGCCGGUGCGACGAGAAGUUCAAGUGGGGACAUACGGACGCGUCGAUGUUUGUCUUGGAGCUUCUCGCAGUCGUCAUUGACUCGUGGCAGAAGGAAAUGCCUCAAUACUUUGGUCAUGACUCGCCCUUCUUUACCGAAGUCGAGGGAGAAUGGGGGAAAUUUGAGCUCCUGACUCCAGUCUUGCAGUUUGCGGACCCGAAGGUGUCGCCGCGAUGGUCCUCCGCCCCGGAGCCGAAUUGUCGGCGGAGGGCUCAUGAAAUCUCAUUCAAAUAA